AUGUUCGGUUUGAAAAAUUCCGAUCCCCCAGAUCCAGAUCGUCAAAGGCUGUAUGAGGAAGAUCUAGAUGCUGAGCCUGGUGCUGUUCGACGAGGAAGGAAGGUUGUCUACAAGGAUUACUCUCCUUACUGUGGGGAUAAACCUCCACGGUUGAAGGAGAAGAUCGAAAAUCAGAUCAAUCGGAACUUGGCGGAGAGGAAAUACUUGGAAUCUAAAAAUUCUAAUGAAGGAUCGAAGUAUGUUUUACGUGCUGGUGUCCGUGAAAUUAUCAAAUCGGGUUAUGGCAAGGAGAAUGCUGAUCCGAAUCUCAUCAAAUCAGAAUUAGAAGCCAUGGAUAAUGCGAUUAAUGGAGGUAAGAAUUUCGAAUUUCAAAAUCCUUCUCAAUCGGUUGAAGCAAAUAAAACAAUCAAUGAUUUGGUGAAGGAGAGAGGAUUCGUAUUGCUUAAAGUUACGUCUGAUAUGGUUGAAGGAUUUAAUUCCUCUUAG